AUGAAAAAGAUGAUGGUGCGAGCAGUCAUGGGAAUCAGCAUGAUGAUCACAUUUGGAGGUAUCAUAUAUUUAGGACACUGCUACCUGUGCAUGCUGGUCUUCGCAUUGCAGUGCUUCAUAUUCUCUGAGCUGGUUGGAGUUCGAAAGAGGCAGGCCGCAGAGAGAAGGCUGCCUCUGUUCCGUUCGAUUCAAUGGGCUUGGUUUUUCGUCGCAGCUUUCUUCACUUGGUCUGCGAGCAUUUGUCAAUUCCUGGAGAACAGCCCCCGGUUUACGGCCUCUUGGUCUGCUGCCCGGAUCAUUCUUGAAAACAACAUGCUUGUUUCGUUCUCAUUGUACACACUGCUCCUGAUGGUCUCAGUCCUGAGUUUGCGCAAAGGCUUGUACAAGUACCAAAUUACACAGUACACUUGGACAAUGGUCACCAUUUGCAUCGUCGUAUUCCAGACUCAAGCUGUAUUCCACUUGAUAUAUGCUGGUCUCUUCUGGUUCGUGCUUCCCUCCUCCCUUGUCAUUUGCAAUGAUAUUAUGGCAUACUACUGUGGGCAGCUGUUUGGAAAGAAGCUGAUUCGGCGGAGAUUCUUGGAACUGUCUCCAAACAAGACCUGGGAAGGGUUUUUGGGAAGUGCAGUCUGCACAAUGCUGUUUGCAUUAUGGUUCUCCAGGAGGUUGUGUGCUUACAAGUGGAUGACAUGCGUGCCAGAAGAAAUUACAUUGUCCGUUCACUCGCUGUCUUGCGAACCUGGGCAGAUGUACAGACCUCAAAGCAUCGAAGCCAUCAUCGGAGACGCCCUUCCGAGUGGAAUGAAAGCUUCGUGGGAAGUGCUGGCAGCGUCCAUACCAGCUGUUCACCAAGUCGGUCAGUUUCAAAUUUGUCGGGCACAAAUUCAUGCGUUGAGUCUUGGUUUUUUCGCUUCCUUCGCUGCUCCAUUUGGCGGCUUCCUCUCUUCUGCCAUAAAGCGGGCUUAUGGAAUCAAGGAUUUCAACAACCUGAUUCCUGGGCAUGGUGGUAUGAUGGACCGCUUUGACUGCCAAUUCGUCAUGUUUCUGUGCACGUACGUGCACAUUCGCACUUUUUGCCAAACGCCGGUUACGGUGGAAAUGCUUUUGGCAACUGCGGCAGGGUACCUAGCAUUUGCAAACGCUGCCAAUGAGAAAAUUUUGCGCACGACGGCCAGCAGCAUGAAUUUCCAACAUCAGCAGCUGCAGUCUUUUGAAGCAUCAUGCAGCUACAUUUGA